AUGGCUCCACAAAUACUAAGCAUACGCAUAGUUGCCAUCAACAACAAUCUUCAUGAGAAUGGCAAAGCAGAAAAGCUUCUUCUGUUUUCUUUGCUUUCUCUUGGUUAUUCUGUGGAGUGAGCAGGUGAUAAUGGGGAAGGUGAUUAUACGAGUAGGAGUGGUUCUUGAUAUGAACUCAGCAGUCGGAAAAACGGCAGAGAGCUGCAUAUCUGCUGCAGAAACUGAUUUUUAUGCUAGGAAUGCUGAUUAUCGAACUAGAAUCUCUCUCGUCACCAGGGAUUCCAAAGGGGAUGUCGUGACAGCAGCAUCUGCAGCACUGGAUUUAAUGAAAAAUGAAGAAGUUGAAGCAAUCAUAGGGCCUCAAAGAUCAUCAGAAGCCAAGUUUGUGAUAGAGCUUGGAGCCAAGACACAAAUGCCGAUUCUCUCUUUUUCAGCUACUAGUCCUGCUCUCACUCCAGUUCAAAGCAAUUACUUUAUCCGGACAGCUCAAAGUGAUUCCUCUCAAGUGAAAGCCAUUGCCAGCAUUGUCGAAACUUAUGGUUGGAGGGAAAUUGUUCUAAUCUAUGAAGGCACAGAAUAUGGCAUUGCUUUGGUUCCAUAUUUGCUAAAUGCCUUGCACGCGAUUCGUACUCGAGUUCCCUAUGAAAGUUGCAUUCCAUCGUCUUCCGAUGAUACAGAAAUCAUGAACGAGCUCCACAAAAUAAAGAAAAUGCAGGAAAGCGUGUUUCUGGUGCACAUGACAGCCUCCAUGGGAUCCAGACUAUUCUUACUCGCCGAAAGCGCAGGAAUGAUGAGUGUAGGGUAUGCAUGGCUCGUGACAACAGGAUUGUCCACCUUAUUAGAUCCUGUGGACGCAAAAGUAAUGGAUUCUAUGGAAGGUGUAUUAGGUGUAAAGCCAUAUGUACCAAAAUCAAUAGAACUUGAAGGUUUCAAAUCAAGAUGGAAAAAGAAUUUCAACUCUGAAAACCUCUUUGGUUUAUGGGCAUAUGAUACAGUUUGGGCGAUAGCAAUGGCAGUGGAGAGGGCUGGCAUUGUGCAUUCUAGGUUCUUAAAACAAAACGCAAGCAACAGGUCAGUUGAUCUUGCGGCUUUGGGAAUCUCAGAAAUGGGGCCAAGACUCCUGAAGUCCAUAUUAAACACUACAUUUGAUGGCUUGAGCGGAAAGUUCCAGUUGGUUAAGGGUGAGAUGGCACCUUUCGCCUUUGAAAUAUUCAAUGUGGUGGGGAGAUCAGAGAGGGUUAUCGGAUAUUGGACAGAAAAAGGAAGACUUUCUCAGAGCUUGGAUGGCAGUAGUAAAAUAUCACACUCAAAUUCCAAAACCAAACUGAAGCAACCAAUUUGGCCAGGAGGCGCAAUACAACAGCCGAAGAAAUUGAGGAUUGGGGUUCCAGUGAGAAGCGGUUUUAGCGAAUUUAUAGAAGUCAAAUGGCAUCAGCAGACCAAUGAGACUAUUGUUUCAGGCUUCUCUGCAGAGGUUUUCUUUGCAGUGCAUGAUAUAUUACCAUUUCCCCUUCCGUAUGAAUUCAUACCCUUUAUGAAAAAAAGUAGUAGGGAGAGUGCCGGGACUUACGAUGAUCUUCUUCGGCAAAUCAAACUUCAGGAAUUUGAUGCAGUGGUUGGAGAUACAACGAUAGUGGCUUAUCGCUCAUCAUACGUAGAUUUCACCUUGCCUUACUCGGAAUCAGGCGUAACAAUGGUGGUUUUGAUGAAACGCGAUGAGAGAGAUAACAUGUGGAUUUUCUUGAAGCCACUAAGCCCGAAACUUUGGUUAGUAACUGGACUAGCCUUCUUUGUCACAGGUUUAGUGGUAUGGGUGCUCGAACACCGUACAAACAGAGAGUUUAGGGGAACACCAGAGCAACAACUGGGCACAGUUAUCUGGUUCUCCUUCUCAACACUGGUCUUUGCACAUAGAGAGAGGCCAGAGAACAACCUGACAAGAUUUGUCUUGAUCAUAUGGAUAUUUGUGGUACUUAUUAUAUCUCAGAGUUACACUGCUAGCUUAGCCUCAAUGCUAACAGUACAGCGGAUGCAUCCCGCAUUUGUUGAUGUCAAAGAGAUCAAGAGGAAUAAUUACUUUGUUGGACACCAGAAAGAUUCUUUUGUGAAAGAUUUCCUUAAAAAAGAAUUACUUUUCAAUGACACGAUGUUGAGGGAAUAUAGCAAUCCAGAGGAGUAUCACGAUGCGUUGUCUAAUGGUAGUGUGGCUGCUAUCUUUGAUGAAAUUCCCUACGUUAGACGCUUCCUUGACGGCAAGAACCGCUGCUCUAAAUUUCAAAUGGUAGGACCAACCUAUCAAACCGAUGGAUUUGGCUUUGCCUUCCCACUUAACUCCCCACUAGUCUCUCAUUUCUCAAGAGCAAUCUUGAAUGUCACUGAAGAUCAUGAUAAAAUGGAAGAAAUUAAGACGAAAAGCUUUGGUAGGGAAAUCACCUGUGAAGAUCAAGGAGCUGAAACCUCUUCAGGUGGUCUAAGAUUGUCUAGCUUCGCGGGCCUCUUCCUUAUCUCUGGAGUUGCUUCCAUAUCUUCGCUCCUGAUAUAUAUCAUCAGGUUCCUUCGCUCAAAUUAUCCUGCUUCAAACACAAUGAAUGAAGAACAAUCCAUGUGGCUGAGAAUUCUUGAGGUAGCAAAGCGUUUUGACCAGAAAGAUCCCUCCGUCCAUCAUCUUAGGCGAACUGAAUCUAGAGUUCACCCUGUCACAGGUCCUGAAAGUAUUGGAGCCUCACCUGAGACUGGCAACGUGCAUGAAAUGACUUCCAAUGAAGGAGCCGAAGAUGUUGGAGAAAAUCAAAACCAUAACAAUCUUACCUCGUGGAAUAGUGGUACAAAUUUUAUUGCCUCCAAUGCAGAUACCGUUGCCCCUAACACUCCGGAAAGAAACCGAGCUUCACCUGAUACUGCCUAUGUGCAUGAAGUGACUUCCGAUGAAGGAGCUGAAGUUGUUGUCUGGGAUCAAAACGGUGGCAAUCCUACCUCAGUGAACAGUGGUACAAAUACUAACACAAUGUAGCCCACAAUAACCAGCUGUACAUGAAUAAUGGUGAGCCACCAUCCAUUCACCAAUGCUGAUUGAAAGUUAACAUAUGAUGUCCUUGUUGUAUAUAUUAUGCUUAUGGCAAUCAGGGCAUUGAGGAAUUCACAGCUA